AUGGCGCCAAAGAAGAAGGGCAACAAAAAGGCACAGAAUGACGAUUGGGAGGCCGAGCUCGGCGAGUCGGUUACGCCCCAGGAUGCCGCUCCAGCAGAGCCCGAGCCCGAAGAUGCUGCCGCUGCUGCCGACGAUGAUGUUGCAGGCGGCGGCCUGAUGGCUGCUCUCGCAAAGCGUGGCAAAAAGAAGAACAAGAAGGGCGCAAACCCUGAAGUCGAAGGUGAGGACCCGCCUGCCGCCGAUGGUGCGGAUGGCGAGUUUGAGAACAAGGCACCACAAGAAGGAACCUUUGACGACGACGAGGACGAUGUUUUCGCUGGAAACUACGGUAAAAAGAAGGCCAAGGGCAGCGCUGCUGUUGCAAAGGCGGAGGAGCCUGCUGAGGAAAAGACGGACGAUGCGCUCCGUGUGAAGACAAAGGCGGAGAAGGAAAAGGAGAAGAAGGAGAAGGAGAAGCAGCGAAAGAAGGAAUUGGCUGCGAAGAAAAAGGCCACUGGCCCUGCCAAAGCCGAACCUGCAAAGCCCGAAUCCAAGCCAGAAGCCGCUGCUGCGCCCGCUGCCGCUACCCCUACACCAGAGGCUCCCGCUGCUGGUGGCAAAAAGAAGAAGCUCAAUCCGGCGCUGGCUGCACUACAGAAGCAACAGGAAGAGCGCAAGAGGAGGGAAGAAGAAAUGGCGCGGGCUGAAGCCGAAGAAAGGGCCAGGUUAGAGGAAAUUGAGCGACAAGAGGCAGAAGAGCAAAAGCGCAAAGAAGAGGCCAAAGCACUGAAGAAGCAAAAGGAAAAGGAGAAGAUUGAGCAGCUGAAGAAGGAGGGCAAGUACAUGACGAAGGCCCAGAAAGAGGCCAAGGCCAAGGCCGAUCUCCGUCUGCAACAAAUGCUGGAACAAGGUGGCGCAAAGGUUGCAGGUCUUGCCGAAGAUGUCGACAAGAAGAAGAAGCCCAAGUAUGAUGACCGCAAGAAGAAGAAGAAGCAGGCCGAGACCCAAAAGGAGAAGGAAGCCCGUGAGGCCGAGGAGGCCGCUAAGAAGCUGGAAGAGCUCAAACUUGCCGAGGAGCAGGCUGCAGCAGCCGCUGAAGCAGCAGAGAAGGCCCGCCUAGAUGCUGAAGCCAAAAAGGGAGAUGGCACAGCAGCAGACAAGGCCAACAAUGAUGGCUCCGAGACGGAUUCCGAGGACGAUAGCGAUGAAGACUCAUCCGAGGACGAGCAGGGAACCGCUGCGCAACGAGCCGAAGCCGCACGCAAGGCUGCCGCUGCUGAGCGGCGAAAGCAAGCCCACGAGGAAGCUCUUGCUGCACGGUCAAAGGACAAUCUGCGAUCCCCCAUUUGCUGUAUUCUUGGUCACGUCGAUACUGGUAAAACAAAGCUGCUGGACAAGAUCCGUCAAACCAACGUGCAAGAAGGCGAAGCUGGAGGUAUCACACAACAAAUCGGUGCCACUUACUUCCCAGUAGAAGCUCUCCAGAAGAAGACCGCUGUCGUCAAUAAGGACAACGACUUCGUCUUCAACGUUCCUGGUCUCCUAGUCAUUGAUACUCCCGGUCACGAGUCUUUCACCAAUCUCCGAUCUCGUGGAUCCUCUCUCUGUAAUAUUGCUAUUCUUGUCAUCGACAUCAUGCAUGGUCUUGAACCCCAAACUAUCGAGUCCAUGAAACUUUUGCGAGAUAGGCGGACACCCUUCAUCGUUGCCCUCAACAAGAUUGAUCGUUUGUUCGGCUGGAAGAAGAUUGACAACAACGGUUUCGAAGACAGCUUCAGCCUCCAGAAGCAAUCUGUUCAGUCUGAAUUCGAGGAGCGAUGGACUUUUGUACGCACUCAGCUACAAGAGCAAGGUUUCAACUCGGAACUCUUCCACAGGAACAAGAACAUGGCAAAGUACGUCUCUGUAUGCCCGACAUCAGCACACACUGGAGAGGGUAUCCCGGACAUGAUCAAGCUUAUUGUCAAGUUGACACAAGAGCGGUUAACAAACAACCUCAUGUACCUCUCCGAGGUGGAAUGCACUGUUCUUGAAGUCAAGGUUAUUGACGGUCUUGGUACAACUAUCGACGUCAUCUUGUCCAACGGUGUCCUCCACGAAGGCGACCGGAUAGUGCUAUGUGGUAAUCCGGAACCUAUAGUAACCAACAUCCGAGCCCUCCUAACACCGGCCGAGAUGAAGGAACUGCGUGUGAAGUCACAAUACGUGCACAACAAGGAAGUCAAGGCUGCCAUGGGAAUCAAGAUCGCUGCUGAUGGUCUCGACCAAGCUAUUGCUGGUUCACGACUGCUCGUUGUCGGUCCGAAUGACGAUGAGGAAGAUCUCAUGGACGAGGUCAUGGGCGAUCUUGCCCAUUUGCUCAGCAAGGUCUCCAAGACCGGUCGCGGUGUUUCCGUCCAAGCAUCCACCCUGGGUUCACUCGAAGCGCUGCUCGAGUUCCUCCGCGUAUCCAAGAUUCCUGUCUCCACCAUCUCAAUCGGUCCCGUCUUCAGAAAGGAUGUGCUUCGCGCAGGUAUCAUGUUAGAAAAGGCCAAAGAAUACGCGGUCAUGUUGUGCUUCGAUGUCAAAGUUGACAAGGAGGCGAAGGCCUACGCUGAGGAAAUUGGCGUCAAGAUUUUCGAAGCCGACAUCAUCUAUCACUUGUUCGACAAGUUCACAGCGCACAUGAAGCAGCUCGAGGAGCAGAGGAAAGAAGAGUCAAAGAUGCUGGCUGUCUUCCCCUGUGUACUUAAGCCCGUUGCCGUCUUCAACAAGAAGGAUCCCAUCAUCAUUGGUGUCGAUGUCACAGAAGGUGCUCUGCGCAUGACUACGCCCAUUUGUGCCAUCAAGAAAAACGCAGCUGGUGGCAAAGAACUUGUCCAGCUCGGAAGAGUUACCUCGAUCGAGCGCGACCACAAACCCAUGCAAAUCUGCAAAAAGGGCCAGCCAUCCGUGGCUGUCAAGAUUGAAGGCACCAACCAGCCCAUGUAUGGUCGCCAUUUGGAAGAAGACGAUAUCUUGUACUCUGCCAUCAGUCGGAAGAGUAUCGAUACGCUCAAGGAAUUUUUCAGAAGCGAUGUCAGUCAGGAGGAGUGGAAGUUGAUUGUGCAGCUGAAGCAGAUGUUUGAUAUUUCUUAA